AUGUCGCCGCCCAACUAUCCUACACCUCAUCAGCCUCGAACAUACACUAGCUGCUGGGCUUGCUCACUGCCUCUUCGGCCUGCUAUGCAUGGCUGGAUCGUCAGAUGGUUGCGAAUCACAGCUUGCGCCCGUGUGUUGAUAGGCCGAGCCUGGAUGGAGAAAGAUGGGAUUUUUGCCUCCCAUUCCAAUUCAGGCCAGGUUUAUUGGCGCAUUUGCCCUCGCGUUUGGUUACUUUGUUGCCAAAUCUACCGGCUUAGCCACUCGUCCCGGUAG